UCCCAGAAUAGUGAACUUUGUCGUCCACUGAACUGCAAGAAGAAGGACUUGUGUCUCCUGAAGGAUACUUUCACCGCCGUUUGUGUUUCCAAGAAGGAACUUGAAAAAUCCGGAGAUAUCGUGAUCCCGAAAUCCCGGGCGGUUCAGCAGAACCGACGAAUGAGAACAGAGACAUCGGAGGACGACGACGCUUUCUUCGAUUCCGAAGACGACGACGAGGAUCAGGACGAGUCCAAAUGUCAAGAAUGUCCUGUGGUGAAGCCGACGUUCCUUUGCGGAAAUGAUAAUCGCACGUACAGCUCGCCGUGCCGACUUGAAUACCACAACUGCAUCCACCACACGUCAGUUCGCAUCGCUUGCAAAGGAUUCUGCCCGUGCAAAGCGGCCGAUCUACGUGCGCACAACAAGAAGAUGCAGCUGCAGAGGCAGAAAGCACUCUCUGGCAAGCUGUCGCGAAACCGUGACAUCACGCUGACCCCUCAUGUCUUCAACUAUGACAAUCAUCAUUACCAAUAUCUCAAGUACACCAAGCGUGCCAAGGCACUAGCCGGAAGUAAAUACGACGACAAGCAUCUGAUGAGCAACGAGGUAAUGGAGAAGACACCGUCCCCGUUGAAAUCGACCUACAAUUCUCAAUCAUCGCGAAACUCUGAUUGCCCGCCGUCAUCCAAACCCGCAAUGGCGAAUCGUCUGUUGGAUUGGUUUUCCGUCGUGAUGGCUGACUCUAAACACCGUCGUCAACAUCCUAAACCGAAAGGUCACUUCCCCAUCGGUUGCCAGAGCGAGGUCAGGUGGAUGUUCGGACAUUUGGACAGCGACAACGACGGCAGGCUCUCUCUUUCCGAGUUGUACGGCCUGGAGCAUGAUCAGAACGAGCCGUGUCUGAAACCGUUCCUCGACGGCUGCGACACCGACGGAGACAUCUUCGUAAAUGGUCCCGAAUGGUGCGGAUGUUUCUCAAAGGCUGAACGUCCAUGCGCCGCUGUACGUAAGCGAUCAUCCCCUGACGUUGCACCUGCAUGCGAUUCCCGAGGGUAUUACCGAAGUACCCAGUGUCACCGUGGUUUGGGACUCUGCUGGUGUGUAGAUCCCCAUGGUGUUGAAUUCGCCGGAACUAGAACACGUGGCAGCAAGCCAGAUUGCGACACGAUCGUGAACAAGAUCAGCAGCGGAGGAUUAAAGACAAACAGCGUGGACCUGGACGACGACGAGGACGGCGGUACAGAUUCUGCUCAGGAUCUCGAGGGUUCCGCCGAUCAGCCGUUAGACUUCUAGACUCCUUAAUAUCAGCCAGUAACAGCAGCAAUGGGAGCAGCACCUUAACGUGAUAUCGAACAGCCGGACGACGGUGUUCCCUUUGUGAAGGGGAAUGAAGAACGCUUGUCCUGGUCGUCCGCUGGUUUCGAGUAUCGCCGUUGUGAUUGGAGGUGUCUUCAAAUGAGAGACAGGUCGGCGAAGGCACGCGUGAGCCUAAAACAAAGAAGUCAGAAAAGCAACGAAUAAGUACGAGGAUUGAUGAAGAUGUGACACGAGCAGCGGAUACACCCUCUGGCAUCGUGGUUGCACGAAUUCGGUUGCGUCCUCUUUAUCGAUUGGUCAUGAUCCUUAACCCGGGAAUGAUCAUUUUUCAACGAUUAAUUUCUCGUAACAGUUCGUUCAUUGAAUUUGUAGAUUGAAUUGAAACAUGGAUAUUUUAUACGAAGGUCUUUUAUACGAAAGUCUUUCUGUUUCUGGUUUUUCUUUUUCUUUUCCUUUCGUUGUUUCACGUUGGUGAUUAACGUAUGUAAAUUGAUCUGUUCGAGAACACAAGUGCCAAACGGGUUAAGAAGCUGCUGAAUCAGAGAAAUCGUAAGAAGCUUGUACAGUGCAAUAACUAAGGGGCUACAUCGUGCAAUGGCAAUCUCGUGUGAUGCUCUAUUUCGAUCAAAGACCACGACAGGGGACGCGACGAAAGGAUCUAACCAAUGAUCCUUGAUCAGAUACGUUGUACCCUGUGUACCCAUCGAGGUACCUCCAUGCACAACUCGUCUAUAAAUAAUAUAAUUAUAUACUAUUUAUGCAUAUACAAACUAGAGGAUUCGCGAGAAAGAGAGAGAGAAAGAGAGAAAGAAAGAGAGAGAAAGUAAAAGAAACAAGAAAGGAAAAAGCAGAAAGAAACAAAAAGAAAGAAGCUCAUUCUUCAUCGGGUAAAAUUCACAUGUCCACUCCACGACGUAUAGAGAUUAUGAUACCUUUAACAAGAAGAAAUACAAAAACAAAAAAGAAAAAAAAGGAAAAAGAAUGCUCUAUGUAAUUAUGAUUUCUAACCGCGCUAGAUUAACGAUAUCUCGAUUUAUAAUGUCUAAGCAUAAUAUAUAUAUAUAAAAAUAUAAUUAUAUAUAUAUAAUACUGUCUAUGACUUACGAUAAUACAGCGGACGAAGACAAGCUGGCUGAGAGAGAAAACCUGGCUGAUCGUCAGCAAAUGUAAAAGAUGCGUCUAACACACUCUUAGAAAGAUGCACAUGCUUGAAGAUGUAGGAUACUAAACAGAAAAAGUAUUUGCAUAAACCGAGUCACGAGUUAUAGAUUUAAUUGAGCUCUCUCUUAAUAACGCACCUUCGCUGAUUCUUAACACAGAAAAAGAAAGCUAAUAUAAAUUUCCGUGCUUAUUUAUUUUUUUCACGCUAACGAUUAGUCCUCUUUCAUCACUUUUGUCUUUAUCUUUUUUAAUUUUCUUUUCUCUCGUAGCCAUCUUGCGUUGCGAGGUUUAAUGUAAGAUAUACUGCAUAAAAAAAGAAUGACCUAUUUCAUACUCGCUAACUACUGAAUCGUAGUUCAAUCACGACGAGAAAUUUUUUUUAAUCAUUAUUUUCAUGGAUUGUAAUUAAUAUUUGACCUUUUCUUGUAUCAAUAAACACAUGUAAUUGAUUUCCACCGCUAAGAACUAUUUCUUCUUUAUCUGUAGUAAUUUUAUAUAAUUUAUAAUACAACAACCAAGGAUGAAGAACAUUUUUAUAAUGUUCAACGAACAUGUCGUGAUUCGUCUGCGUUUAUUGUAAUUAUAAGCAUUUUUACUUGACUUUUACUUAACGAGUGUGUGGUACACCGUAGGUACUAGAGUAUAACAUGUAAUCCGUAGAAAAACUGAUCGGUGUGACUAUGUGAAUAUGCCCUAGUAUUAGAAGGCAAUUUACGUAGGAAUAGCCAGUGCAAAUUAUACCUAUCUCUCAUCUAGAACAAACAUGGAGAUUAAUUUUCAAAUACAUUUUAUUUCACUGUACUCGUUGAAAUUCAAAUCAUUUAGCUGUCUGAUAUAUUAUUGAUUAGAGUUACAUGUACUCUGAAUUUCAGUACUUACAUUUUUAUCAAAUAUCUGUAUUUUUUUUCCCAAACAAUCAAUGGUAUAUCGAGUAGAUAACAUCAUUACAAUGUACACUAAAAAUAAAUUGUAUGUUUUACCAUUCUACGUAAACUGACAGAGAAUAAAGUUUUUGCAUUUUAACAACUAACGUAAUAGGUGCCGCAUCACUUUGAAACAUUUAAAGUAACAUAAAAUAAGAAUUCGUAGAAACUCUCCGUGCCAUUAAACAUUUGGUGUACGGGAACCUCGUCCGCGAUGAAUUAAUCAAUUAACGUGUAUACUCUUUGCUAUGUUGAGCGCAAUUUAUAUUCCGCCUGAAUUAUUAUUAUACCGUCGACCUAGAUUAACAAGCAUAUUAACUUCAAGCAAACAUACAUAGUUUUACCAAAAGUCUUGCAUAUUGUAUAUACAUAAUUAUAUACAAUGAAAAAUCAUCGUCUAUGAUCUUCGUACCGUGAUGAUUUUGUAAGGUAUGCACCUGGUCAAAGCGUAAAGAAUUUUUACUUCAUUCCAGAGCUACUAUUAAUAUUUCACCAAAUUGGUAUUGUACAUGUGGCUGUAAGAAUUCUUUAUGAAUAAAGAUUGUUGUAGAAA